GCCACCGUAGCGGGGUUCUCGGGUCGGUUGUGGUUUUCAGUCUACAAAACUUUUACGCUGUACAGACAACACAGACCUGAGGAUGGGAACAGCACUUAUUUAUGAUGAGGAAAUGGCAAAUUACCGACUGCUCUGGUUUAACCCAUCAUGGGAGCUCGAGGUACCUGAGCGUCUAACAGUGAGCCAUGAGGCUUUGGUUAGGAAAGGAUUGGCUGGCCGCUGUGUCUCCAUUCCUGCCCGUGAGGCGACAGAGACAGAGAUCCUGCUGGCUCACAGUGAGGAAUAUUUGGAGGCAGUGAAGACGACGCCUUAUAUGAGUCUGGAGGACCUAAAGGAGUUUGCGCUGCAGUAUGAUGACGUCUUCUUUCACCCAAACAUCUAUCGUUGUGCCAAAUUGGCCGUAGGGGCCGCUCUGCAGUUGGUUGACAGCGUUGUGACGGGGAAGGUGAGGAACGGCAUGGCUUUGGUCAGACCACCAGGACAUCACAGCAUGCGCAGUGCUGCCUGCGGUUACUGUGUGUUCAAUAACGUUGCCAUUGCAGCUCAUUAUGCCAAGCAAAAAUAUGGGCUUAACAGGGUGUUAAUUGUUGACUGGGACAUACAUCAUGGCCAAGGGGUCCAGUACUGCUUUGAAGAUAAUCCAGAUGUGCUCUACUUCUCCUGGCAUCGUUUUGAGCACCAACAAUUCUGGCCCGAACUGAGAGAAUCAGAUUAUGACGUUUUUGGAAAGGACCAGGGGACUGGAUUUAAUAUUAACUUACCAUGGAACAAGGUGGGAAUGAAGAACAGUGAUUAUCUUGCUGUGUUUUGUCAUGUCCUCUUGCCAGUUGCAUAUGAGUUUUGCCCAGACCUGGUCUUGGUAUGUGGAGGCUUUGAUUCAGCCAUCGGGGAUCCAGAGGGUCAAAUGUGUGCCACACCAGAUGUCUUUGCACACCUCACUCACCUCCUGAUGCACCUUGCAGGAGGUAAACUGUGUGUUGUCCUUGAGGGAGGAUAUAACUUGACUAGCCUUGCUCAGUCUGUGUGUGAAACGGUCCAGACUUUGUUGGGAGAUCCUGCUCCUCGACCUGAAAACCUGAGCGGCGCCUGUAAAAGUGCACUUGAGUCCAUACAGUGUGUCCGAUCAGUUCUUCGGCCGUAUUGGUCCAGCCUCAAACAUGCAGCUGAUUUACCAACCUUCCCACUAAGCACCAGUCACAUUAAAUUAAGUGGAGAACAGCUGGAGAAUGCCAAAGACACAGAAGAGUCAGUGAGCACACAGGAAAAGGUGUGGCCAGAGCUUCAGAAACGUUUCAGUCCUCUUACUCAGACUGCUUUAGUGCUCCCUGAUGGUAUGACCUGCCCGGAUGGGUGCGAACGCUUCAGCACAACAGAUGAUCCUGAUGCAGUCACAGUCAGCAUACUCAGUGAGACCUUCCUCAAAGAGCCGGAUGACAGUGAUGUCCUCCAGGUUGUUUGCAGUCUUGCUGCAAUUGUUAAAAAAAUGGAAAAAAAUGAGAUUGGGAAUGCUUUGGCCUUGGUUCAUGAUGUGCCCAAAUCCACAAUAUUGAUUGCUCAAUAUGCUACAGCUGCACUCGCCAGCCGGGUUUUGGUCAUCUAUGUUGGAGACUGUGUGCCCCCAGCUUACAUCACAGAAGACUGGACAACGCUCCUGGUGCAGAUCAGCAAGGAGUCAGAGGAACAAAAAUCCAAAUAUCACAUUCCUGUGUGUCUGAGAAAGGGUUUCAGCGAUGUGGCGGGGUUCAUACACACAGUACUGAGCAUCAUCCUGCCUCUUGGUUAUGAGUACAACCCCAGCUUGGUUCUUUUGGCUCAGACACCAGGUUGUGAUAUUUGUGACAGCUUGUGGCUCCAACUAUGUGGUCUGCUGCAUGGCCUGGCACAAGGACACACAUUGGUGCUGAUGCAGGAAGAUGAGAAAGCAUGUGUUGGACCUACAGCCUCCUCUCUUCUGGGGAGCCCUGCACCCUCUCUGGGGCAGCUUCAUGCUCCUGAACCAGAGGAUGUGAAGACUCUGGAGAGACUUAGACUCCGGCUUCAGGCUGACUGGAAGCUACUGCAGAAUACAGCACAAGAAAGUGGAGGAGACAACUGAAUAUGUUCCUGUUAGAGGGGUCAGCAGAAUAACCCUCUUAUUGGUUUAUCAGAUGUUUAUCAGAAAUUUUGGCAUGGUAAAUUACAAGUGAAGCAAAUGAGACUAUUGAAACAAUCUUAAGAAUCAGUUCUGUUUGUAUUUAUUUCUGUUUGUAUUCUUUGGGAAAUGUUAAUUUAUGUCACACCAUUACAAUCUAUCUCUACACCAACCACCUAUAACAUUGUGACCGCUGACAAGUGAAAAGAAUAGCAUUGAUUGUCUCAUUACAGUGGCACCUGUCAGUGGAUGGGAUACAUUCAGCAGCAGGCUAAUGUGUUGGAAGCAGGAAAAAUGAGGAUGCAUCGAGAAUUGAGUAAUUUUGACAAGUAUCAAGUUGUGAUGGGUAGAUGACUGGGACAGAGCAUUUUCAAAAAGCAGCUCUUUUGUGUCAUUCCUGGUCUGUAGUGGUAUUGACCAUAAGUGGUCCAAUCAAGGUAAAACUGGUGAAUCUGCAUCAUGGUCAUGGGCAGCCAAGGUUCAGUGGUGCCUGUAAAGAGCGAAUGCUGGCCCAUGUUGACCGAUCCGACAGAAAAGCUCUUAUAGCUCAGAUUGCUGAGAAAAUUAAUGUUGGCACAGAUGGAAUGAUCUAGUGAAGCCCAUACCUUGAUGGGUUGAGGUUGAUUUGGUGGCAAAAGAAGGACCCAGAUACCAUUAAGUAGGUGGUCACAAUGCUACGGCUGAUCGGUGUGUAAUGUUACAAUUACCAUUUUGAUCAAUAACUCACUGCUGUCUGAGGGUGUUAAUUGAAUGGAUAUUCUGACAGACUAGUUUGGUUGCUAGCUGCAAUAUUUUUAUUUUGUUUGUGUAACAAAGUUCUCACACCUUGUUUUUACUGAUGUUAAUUGUUUUAAUUUGUUUUAUUGUGGUGGCCAGACUGGGUGGACACACCCCUGAAUGUGGUUUGCUAAUGUUGGACCUUGCUCUUGUGAAGUGUCUUGGGGUGAUGUGUAUGUAUGUGUGUGUGUGUGUGUGUGUGUGAUUUGGUGUUGCAUGAAUAAAGCUGAA